AUGUACGUAUUACUGAACCUCAAAGAUGGAUCCAGAUUAACCGACGUGGUUCAAUUACUGUUCGCGCACGGCCAUACAGCUGUAAGUGUCGCUGAGAAAGUUGAACAUCUUUGCCCAACGUGUGAACGAUCCGCCGGACAACGCUUCAGUAAUGUAGAACACUUCAAAAGUGUUUCUCCAACUACACCGACUUUUAUCGUACCAGAGUGUAAACCAGAGGUGCCGAAGACGACAUCAAUGUUGCAGCAAACUGAUAUCGUGACACGGCCACCAUCACCUGAUGCAGUACCCAACGGUGAAGUCAGCCCUGUAGAAGUACCUCACCGAGAAACAUCACAUCUAAACAUGAAAGUGAUCCCGCUGCCACCGGUUGAGCCAGCUGAGGUCAAAGAGGAGCCAUCGGAGUUUGUAGACCGGACUAGCGCUCCCUCAACGGAACAGCCAUCCAAUGGCGAAAGCAGUCAUUUUAUCAUAACUUCAGCGCUGGAGCUCUUAGGACAUGCAAAUACCAGCAAUACCGACUCUGGACUGGAUCAAGGGAGCUUUGAAAGAGAAACAAAAGAACACAAUGUGCCCCACUCUAAGCGCAAAGCUCGUAUUGAAAUGCUUGGUCUGGAGACGUUUCAAUGCCAGCUAUGCAAGAAGGCAAUCACCAGACAAGGACAAUAUGCAAACCUAGUCAACCAUUUAUCACGACAUGCACGAUUGCACGCUUCAAAAAAGCAGUACUGCUGUCCGGUCUGCCGAGCCUCUUUCUCCCGACGCUAUCUUGCCUACGCACAUGUGAGAGAGGCGCAUCCGAAGAUUGGGCAUGUGGAACCUUUGGACCAUGGACGAGAACUACGCGAGGAGUACAGGGCGUUGUUGGAGGUGUGCUUUCCCGGCGCCAGUUCACGGCGAAAAACUGUCGCCGCGCAGAACGCAUCCGAUCUAAAUGAUGUAAAAGACAUGGAAGAAAAUGAUUUAAUGGAGGCGCCAGAGCAGUGUGGCGUCCUAUCGCAACUGCUUGAACAAUAG